UGUACAUCUGGAAUGAGAGAGAGUCAACACUUCCCCUGCGUCUGUCAAUCUGGGUGAAGACUACCAGCCGUAUGUGCUUUGUAUGCCGAGCAUGGAAUUAAAUGCAGAGUACCUGGAGAUAUUUAACUCAAUUUAAAAAAAUCCAUGGUGACUUUUACGAUUUUGCGCUUGUCAACUAUUGAGCAGUUUUCCACAUGGGUCAUGGACAAGGCUCUGUGAGCAGAUCAGUCUCUUCUACAUCAUCAGGAUGUUGUGUGGUCACACAAAGAACUGAGGCCCACGGUGCUGGUUGGCCCCUGAGGACGAAGACCAGGAAGCCAGGCCCCCAGACAGUCCUCAGGGAUGUUCUCUAGGGGCCAUGAGAAGGGCCUCAGUGGACCAGAUGAAUACAGCGGUGUAGAGGCACCUCAGAGUCCACACAAGUGGUCCAAGAGGAGGGAGCUGGGGGGUAAGAAGAGCACUCAGAGCCCCAAGGUGGGCAGGAGCCUGCGGAGGAAGUUCCAGAAGUUCCUGCAGGGCCCGGCAGGGCCGGGGGAGCCCUCCAUCCACCAGCCCCAUCAUCUGCUCUCCCCUGUGGAGCAGGACAUAUUUAUAUGUGGCCUGAAGAGAGACCCCUCCAGUGGAGAGUUCAACGGACUUCACUCCUCCCUGCCCAAUGGCCGAAGUCACACAGGGACUCUAAACCCACCUGUGGCUGGGAAUAUGACGCUGAACAAAGAGGGCUUCAUCAACGCCCCCGGUACUGUAAGUACCAACGGCCCCACCGCUAGCCUACCCAUCACUCCCUCUGGAGAGAACAGCAGCGCUGAAUGUCAGGAUGGGAUCGGGGUUGUGGAGGACACACACAGGCCUUCUCCUAGUGAAGAGGAGGAAAAUGAGGGAGAGAAAUGCUCCAGUGACAUCGUCGAACACAUAUUGAAAGAGCUGAGAGGUAUCAACAAGAUUCAGGAGGAGAUCGCAGACCUGCGGCAGUACCUGACCUCUGUGAGAGGCUCAGUGGACGAGGUCUCCUGCUGUGUGGAUGCAGUGCUGAAUGAGAUAGGGGAGCUCUACUCCUCUGGAGCCUCAGCACCAGGACCCCAGACCCCUCAGAGGCCUAGUGGCAGCCCAGGCAGUCAGAAUGUUGUCACAGCCUUCCACAGGAGGGCCACCAGUCCUUUACUGGAGUGCCUGCAGGGGUCUUGGGACAAAGACCCAGUGAAGAUGAUGAUGGUGCCACCCCAGGAGUCACCUAAAACAUGGAGAGAAAGGUUAGCUCCUUGCCAACCCGAACCAGCUGACCAGGAGAAUUCUGACCACAGCUCAGAAGUGUCCUCUUCUCGACCAGGGCCCAGUCAAGCCAGCCUCUCCUACCUGGACCAAGGGUAUGCCCAUGACUGCCCCAGCACCAGCUCCCUGUCGUCAUGUCACAGCUCCAACACUCUGGACCGGGAUGCCAGGUACUGCUCAGUUAAGGCCAGGCUAUGGCAGAGUGGCUGGGCCUCGGCAGGCAUGCAGCACAGUGUGAGCGGAGACGGGGGCUGGAGCGAGGAGAACGGUUGGAGCGAAGACAUCUCCUGUCAGAACAGUGGGGAGGAGGUGGAGGACAACUGUGCAGGGCCAGGUGCAUGGAACAGAUACACCACAGGAGAGACCAGCAGCACCCCAGGCCAGUCCUCCAACAGCAGCUCAGAGCACCUGUCCCUGCUGUUCGGCAUCCAUAAGAACUCCCCCUCCAGCUCGUCCAGUGUGGUGGACUGGCGGCACCCCAGGCAGCAGGGCAGCAAUGGACACCUAGUGUGUGACUGUUCAGCCAACUGCCCAUACUCUCGGAGCUCUGGCUACCACACAAUGGACGCCUAUGCUGAUGUGGGGAGCUGUGGGCCAUCCAGGAGCAUGAGUUGCUCCACUGUACUGCUCACAGACUGUGAUGAUGGCUACCUGGAGCUGCACUCCCCCUACGACCGCUAUACAUCCUCCGCUGACACCCUGAAUGUGGGAUCCGUUGAGAGCCUGGACAGGGAGUGGACUGAACAGUGUGUCCCAAGAGACGAUGCAGGAGGGUGGGUGUCGGGGGACCUGCCUAGCCCUGAGCCUGAGAACACCCAGCUCCUCAAUGUGGGAUUUGAUGUGAAAAACAUUGGGAAGGCUGUGCUCACCUUUAGGUCUGCUUUGAAAGGGGCUCUGAGGAAGCUGGAGGGUUCGAGCCCGGAGCCUGGCAACGAUGACAGUGAGUCAGAAGCAGCUCCCUCUCCUGUCAGAACCUGCUCCCCUGAACCCCCGGAGGGAGCGAUCACUAUGCCAACUGAUCACGUUCGCUCUGCGUCUCCUCUGGAAGAAUAUAGUGAGGCCUCAAUCUAUGUGGACUGCAGCCCAGCCCAAGAGCACCUGCCUUGCUCCCUACAAGCAUCCCCAAAUGAAAGGACUCACUCCCCCUGCACCCCUACCGAGUAUCACUCCAUGGAGCAUUUAGAGAGCCAAGGAGAGUAUCAGACUGAUGGAGAACUGUCCAACCCAGAGCUAACACCAGACCACAGUCCUCCAGGAAGGGCUGGGAGGAGUUCAGCAGAUUUUAACAUCAGCCCAGAGGGGACAGGGUUAAGUCCAACAGGGUUAAGUCCAAUAGGAGAAGACCACGAUGGAGCUGAUCAGGAUGAGUUUAGAGAACAGGAUGUUGUUAGCCCUAAGAAGGAACGCCUUGCUAAUCUGCAGCGCAUCCUGAAAGAUAAAAGACAGAGACAUAAACUUUCCAGAACUUCCCAAGGAUCCCAGUCCACGUUCUCUGAGGAGGAGUUGAAUCCAGAUGGCAGCAGAGAAGAUGACCAGGGACGAGAUGAUGGACCCAACUCCAGACAAGCUUGGAUCAAACCAGGCGGUGGAAGUGGUUUGUUUGGGAUUGACAGCAUGCCAGACCUUCGUAAGAGGAAGCCUAUACCUCUGGUCAGCGAUGUGGCUAUGUCACUGGUCCAGGCUAGAAAGGCUGGAAUCACCUCUUCCAUGGCCGCGCGCUCCUCCGUCAAAGACGAGGAGCUGAAGAACCACGUUUAUAAGAAGACUCUUCAGGCUCUGAUCUACCCCAUCUCCUGCACCACGCCCCAUAACUUUGAGGUGUGGACGGCCACCACGCCCACCUACUGCUACGAGUGUGAGGGGCUACUGUGGGGCAUUGCCCGCCAGGGCAUGAGGUGCUCCGAGUGCGGGGUUAAGUGUCACGAGAAGUGCCAGGAACUGCUGAAUGCUGACUGCCUGCAGCGUGCUGCGGAGAAGAGCUCCAAGCAUGGGGCUGAGGAUCGUACCCAGAACAUCAUCAUGGCCAUGAAGGACCGCAUGAAGAUCAGGGAGAGGAACAAGCCGGAGAUCUUUGACGUGAUCCGGGAUGUCUUUGUCGUCAGCAAGGCGAUCCACGCUCAGCAGAUGAAGACCAUCAAACAGAGUGUACUGGACGGAACCUCCAAGUGGUCGGCCAAGAUCACCAUCACAGUGCUGUGUGCCCAGGGUCUGCAGGCCAAAGACAAGACGGGUUCCAGCGACCCCUACGUCACAGUCCAGGUGGGCAAGACCAAGAAGAGGACCAAAACCAUCUACGGCAACCUCAACCCUGUCUGGGAGGAGAAGUUCCACUUCGAGUGUCAUAACUCGUCGGACCGCAUCAAGGUGCGUGUGUGGGACGAGGACGAUGACAUCAAGUCCCGGGUGAAGCAGCGUCUGAAGAGAGAGUCCGACGACUUCCUGGGUCAGAGCAUCAUCGAGGUCCGCACGCUCAGCGGAGAGAUGGACGUCUGGUAUAACCUGGAGAAGAGGACCGACAAGUCGGCCGUGUCCGGCGCUAUUCGUCUCCACAUAAGUGUGGAGAUCAAGGGAGAGGAGAAAGUGGCUCCCUAUCACGUCCAGUACACCUGUCUACACGAGAACCUCUUCCACCACUCAACGGACAUUCUGGGCCAGGGGGUGGUGAGGAUCCCAGAUGCCAAAGGAGACGAUGCCUGGAAGGUGUACUUUGACGAGGUGGCCCAGGAGAUAGUGGAUGAGUUUGCCAUGCGAUACGGGAUCGAGUCAAUCUACCAGGCAAUGACGCACUUCGCCUGCCUGUCCUCUAAGUACAUGUGUCCUGGCGUUCCGGCAGUGAUGAGCACCCUGCUGGCCAACAUCAAUGCCUUCUACGCCCACACCACCGCCUCCACCAACGUCUCCGCCUCUGACCGCUUCGCCGCCUCCAACUUCGGGAAAGAGCGCUUUGUCAAGCUAUUGGAUCAACUCCACAACUCCUUGCGCAUUGACCUCUCCACAUAUAGGAACAACUUUCCUGCCAGCAGUAAGGAUCGUCUCCAGGACCUGAAGUCCACUGUGGACCUACUGACCAGCAUCACCUUCUUCAGGAUGAAGGUCCAGGAACUGCAGAGUCCCCCUAGAGCCAGUCAGGUGGUGAGGGACUGUGUUAAGGCCUGCCUCAACUCCACCUACGACUACAUCUUCAACAACUGCCAGGAGCUGUACAGCCGCCAGUACCAGCUGCUGGACACACACAAAGAGGAUCUUCCCUUGGAGGAGCAAGGCCCCAGCAUCAAGAACCUGGACUUCUGGCCCAAACUGAUCACCCUUAUAGUCUCCAUCAUAGAGGAGGACAGGAACUCCUACACACCCGUGCUCAACCAGUUCCCUCAGGAGCUGAAUGUGGGGAAGGUGUGUGCUGAAGUCAUGUGGGCGCUGUUCUCCCAGGACAUGAAGUAUGCCAUGGAGGUAAUGGAUAACGUUGAUCAUUACCAGUGGCUUCAGGCCCCAUCUGAAUUCCACCUUCGUGGGCAGACAUUUUAUGCUGAGCAUGAAAAGCACCGGCUGUGUAAGAGUGCCGACUACAUGAACCUGCACUUCAAGGUCAAGUGGCUGUACAAUGAGUAUGUGAAGGACCUGCCAAACUUCAAAGGGGUUGUACCCGACUACCCAUCGUGGUUCUUACAGUUUGUGCUGCAGUGGCUGGACGAGAAUGAAAGUGUUUCCAUGGAGUUCAUGCAUGGAGCUCUGGAGAGAGACAAGAAAGAUGGAUUCCAGCAGACAUCUGAGCAUGCUCUCUUCUCUUGCUCGGUGGUGGACGUCUUCACCCAGCUCAACCAGAGCUUUGAGAUCAUCAAGAAACUGGACUGUCCUGACCCAAAGGUCAUGGCCCACUACAGCCGACGAUUCGCCAAGACUAUUGCCAAAGUUCUUCUGCAGUACAGCGCCAUUCUGAGCAAGAGCUUCCCCUCCUACUCUGACAAAGAGAAGAUUCCCUGUGUACUGAUGAACAAUGUGCAGCAGUUGCGUAUCCAGCUGGAGAAGAUGUUUGAGUCCAUGGGUGCCAAACAGAUUGCAAAAGCGGAAGCAAUGGUGUUUCCUUCGCUGCUUAAGAUUGACGAGCAGGUGGAUGAUGAGGAAGAAGAGGACGAGAAGCAGGUCAGAUCUGAGGAUGAGGAGAGAAAGACUCUGACUGACAAAGAGAAGAUGGAUGCACCCCCAGAGGAAAAGCCUGAAAAGAAAGACGAGGAGAAGGUGGUGAUUAUUACCGACAAAAAGCUGGACACAGAAGCCAGUGACCUCCUGAAUGAGCUUCAGGUCAAGCUGAACAAUGUGCUGGAUGAGCUGAGUACCACGUUUGGAAACAGUUUCCAGGUUUGUAUUGAUGACUGUAUGAGACAGAUGGCCUCUCUGCUGUACCAGAUCAAGGGCCCAGUCAACGCGAACAGCCGCAACAUGGUGGAGGCCGACUCGGACAACGUGCUACGGCCACUUAUGGACUUCCUGGAUUCAAAGUUAACGCUGUUUGCCACAGCGUGUGAGAAGACUGUUCUAAAGCGGGUUCUGAAAGAGCUGUGGAGGAUUGUGAUGAGCAGCCUGGAGAAGACCAUCGUCCUGCCCCAAGGAAACGACACCUUCGGGGCUCAGAUCCUGUCUGCAGCCAAGGAACUGGGGCAGCUCUCCAAGCUUAAAGAUCACAUGGCAGGAGAGGCCAAAAGCCUGACACCUAAACAGUGUGCUGUCAUGGAUAUAGCACUGGACACAAUCAAACAAUACUUCCAUGCAGGAGGGAACGGUCUGAAGAAGGCGUUCCUGGAGAAGAGUCCUGAGUUGACCUCACUACGCCACGCUCUGUCCCUUUACACACAGACCACAGACACGCUCAUCAAGACCUUCGUCACAACACAACACACACAAGUGCACAAUGGGAAGGGUAUUAGGUUAACUCCCAACGAAAAAAUACAACCCUCCAGGGGGUCAGGAGUGGACAAGCCGGUGGGAGAGAUAUCCAUUCAGAUCGACCUAUUCACCCACCCUGGUACUGGGGAGCACAAAGUCACUGUCAAAGUGGUGGGAGCCAAUGAUCUGAAGUGGCAGACGUCUGGGAUGUUCCGGCCCUUUGUGGAGAUCACCAUGAUUGGACCCCACCUCAGUGACAAGAAGCGCAAGUUCCAAUCCAAGUCCAAGAACAACAGCUGGGCGCCCAAGUUCAACGAGACUUUCCACUUUAUCCUAGGUAAUGAGGAUGGCUUUGAGUGCUACGAGCUGCAGAUGUGUGUGAAGGACUACUGUUUUGGCCGUGCCGAUCGGGUGGUGGGCAUGGCUGUGAUGCAGCUGCGGGAUGUGGCAGAGAAGGGCAGUGUGGCGUGCUGGUGCCCCCUGGGUCAGCGGGUCACCAUGGACGAGACCGGCCUCACCGCCAUGCGCAUCCUCUCCCAGCGCUCCAACGACGAGGUGGCCAAGGAGUUCGUCAAGCUCAAGUCUGAGUUACGCUCUGAGGAGGAGGGCAGAUGAGGUCUUCCUGAAGGAGGGGUGUGAAGGGCCUCUAGUAAAGUGGGAAGUAAUAGGAGCACAUUGACUACUACUACUUUGGACUAAUAAUGUCCCCUGGCUGCUACUGGCUGUUUGAUGGACACUGGUUCACCAUCACACUGUCACUCACUGUGUUUUUCUCAGACUCCACCUUUUGUGUCCCUCACUCACUAUCUCCUACACAUACGUAGUUAGUUUCUCUCUCACUCAAUGGUUAUUAGGCACAAUCUCACACGAUAUUGUACUUAUGUUGGUUCGCCAGUCUGGCAUUAUGGACAUGCCAUGGGCGCUAUAUGCCAAUCAAUUCCUGCCAGCCUGUAUGUACUUCAGUACAGGACAGGGUCUCCCCCUCACCCCACAAUCCCCCUCAGUGUUCAUGUGCAAUACCCCCCAACUGUGGCCAUAUGUUUGAUGCCUUACACUUUAGAAGCUGUGAAUGUGUGAAGUUCAGACACAAAACUGUAACUGUAGUAGAAAGCUGUUUAUCUUCCUCAAUCUCUCUUUAGUGUUCUUCAGGAUCCAUGUUCAUCUCAUUGAUGCCACUAUUAGGGUCCAAAUGCAGGAUGUCGUUGUUGGUGUUUUGUUCGAAGUAGAUUCACCUGGUUUCUAUCGUUUGGACUUCUACUGCAUGUCAAGUACCCUACUCCUAAAUAUAGUGUACAAAUCCACCGUUUUUCCCUGUAGAAAAGUGAAGUGUGUUUUUUUUUGCAUUGAAAUUAGUGCCGUGUGGUGGUUCUGAAGUGAGUUGUUUGUCUCCCCCCUAUUUUUUGACAUGAGGUACUGUAACGGCAACAGCACUCAAGUAAAGGGUUUGUAAGUUGUGUGCCUUGUCAUGUAUUGGGCUCCUAUUCAUAACCCAUUAGUCCCAUACAGUGUUAACAAUGCACUUUGAAUAAGAUUUACUGUAAUACUUUUUAGUCUAAAUUGUCAAAUGUUCUUAACACAAGGGCUGCCUUCUAUCCAGAGAAACUUCCUUUUAAGGAUAAGAGUGGUGAGCACUUUUUAAUAUGGACUAUUGCUUCUUACAUCAAAAACGGCAAUGAUGUAUGUAGGGCCCUGUCUUGAACUUAGUAAUCACUGCUAAAUAACCCUGUUGAAUACAACAUUUUACAAACAUUUGGCUAAUGUUGCCAACCCUCAAUGACAGCCAUUUUGUUUAUAGUUUUUAUAUAUUUAUUCCAUAUGUAUACUCUGGUCUACUUUGCAAACAGAGGGCUGCUAGAUGGAGUUUGAGUAUAGUUUUCAAAGUGGUUUUGAAGCAGGACCUUACAGAUACUAACUGGACCUAGAGGGUCUUUUGGGACCAGAGGAGUUUAAAUGAUUUUAAUCUCAGAUGAGGGAAAGGCUAGCCUCGUAUGGUUCGUAACGAGACUAGGAAAAGGCAGUCCAAGCUCUCGGUUUGCAAAUAUUUUUCAGCUAUGUUUCCUUGUAUCUCUGAGUGGCCUUACAUUGGUGAUCAUAGAAGAUUUCUAUAUACAUGUUUUUACCCCCCAUUUUCUGUGUAUUUCUUUUGUCUCACAACGAUACAGAGGGUUGGUCAAUUUGACCUAAAUCAACCGUAUCAGACUGAUAUUGUCUGUGAUUUUCCUUAUUGCUGUUACUUUAUUUUUGUUUUUAAUUGUAUUGGAGGAUUUAUAUUUGUUUAGAUGUAUUCAUUUUCUGAGAUAUAGUAUUUAUAUUUUUGUUAUUUUCCAUUUUGAUCCCUGUUAAAAAAUGUUUGAGUGAUGUUCAGUACAGUAUCAUGAGUUUAUUGGAUCUACAGUAUACAGUAAGGGGUAAUGCAUGCCUGUCAUAUCCCUGAUAGAAACGAGGAGAAUGUUUUGCUAUUUGUCAAGUAACACUGCCGUUGUCCAUACAAUAAUAGUCAGUUUGAUGUUCACACAAAGAAAACUGCAACAUCACUGUUAAAGCUAUAUCUGGGCUUUAUAUGCAGAAUCUACAGUACCAAUGUGAAUACAUCUUUUGGGCUGUUGAUUUAGGGGAAAAUGUCUACUUCUAAGGAGGGCAUUGCCACUCACAUACAUGUUCCUUGUGCCAAGCUGUGCAAGAGUUCACUUUUUGUUUCAUUUACAUUUUUUAAACCUUGUGAAGCAUUGCACUAUAAUUAAAUCACUACAAUAGUUAGCACGUGUUGUAUGUCCGAGUAACUGGACUUUUUGUGAAGUUUUAUUUGUAUUUUGCAACUGGAAAAAUCAUGGUAUUGAUCAUUAAAAUGUGUACAUUACAAUUUAUUAAUUUUGUAUAAAGUAUUUAAGAAAUA